AUGGAUUCUGAUGCCGGUUCCACCAGCAGUCGUUCUUCAUCCCCAGACCUAGUCGUGGAUGACUCAGCCAGGAACUUCUUCUCCAACAAGAUGUUUCAGACGUACUGCCAAGACAACCGAGCAGACAGAGACGCCGACCCGGGCCGCAUGGACGGAAAGCCUAAAAGUCGAUCUCAGCCCAGCAAGGAAGAGAUGCAAGACUUGAGACUGAAAGUGAACAGUCGGGAGAGGAAGAGGAUGCACGAUCUGAACCAGGCCAUGGAUGGCUUGAGGGAAGUCAUGCCCUAUGCUCAUGGCCCGUCGGUCCGCAAGCUGUCCAAAAUAUCUACCUUGCUGCUAGCAAGAAACUAUAUUCUUAUGCUGUCCAGCUCUUUGGAGGAGAUGAAGAAGCUGGUGGGAGACGCGUACGGCGCAAGCGCUGCCGUCCAGAGUCGCACAGUCGCCCACGCCGCCAUCACCACUGCAGCACCACCUGCCCACCUGCCCUUGCAUCCCCUGACCCAGUCCCUGCACUCUCUGGUGGGCUCCACCCAGCAUCAUGCACCAACUGCAGUGACAACUCCAACCCCACACUCACCCCCAACCACUAGCUUCCUUGGUUUCCACGCUCCGGUCCAGGGCCUUCUGAAGGACCCCCUCCACCUGUCCAGCUCCUACAGACACUUCCCCGGCAUGCCUUGCCCCUGCUCUCUGUGCCAAACUUUGCCCGCACCAACGUCUUCAUUGCACAGCCUGGCAAUGAACAAACUGUAA